AUGUUCCAGCCUGCCAGUAAGAUUGAUACGAGCAUGUUUCGACAAGUUCUUAUCAACGCAACGCCGAACCAAAACACCAAUAAUGUCCUUGACGACUUUAAUGGGAUUGUCAAUUCGGUGAAGUCCGGGCCCUAUAUAGCAGGCGCGGUGCUUACUUUACUCCAGCACCGUUUACGCGACAAUAACGCAAGUUGGAUAGAGAUUUUCAAGUCCCUCCAGCUCCUUGAUUUUCUCCUACACUUGGCCCAUGCCGAAACCUUGCUGUGGGCCAAACAGAAUAUUGAUCAGAUCGAAGGCUUUAUGCCAACAGGCCGGGACGAAUUCGGACGGAAGAGGGUCACGGAGGAACUCGGCAUCAUUAAAUGGCUUGUACAGGAUGAGACUCGGAUAUUCGGGGAGGUCAGAGCCCCAAACCAUAAUUACGAUGAUGGACCACCUCUCUGGGUUGUGAGAUGCUAUGAAAUGCCGAUGCCGCAACGACAAGUCCAAAAGCCUCCGCCGAGUCAGAGCCAGCUCGACAGAGCAGCAAACUAUCCCAAUACAACCUUUGAGUCAGGCUCCAGCCCCAUGGUUCGUCAAGCCCAAAACAAGCACAGCGUGACGCCAAAAUGGGAGAACCAAGAACCAUUCCAUGGUCUCGGUCACGGUAAUAGUCACGGCGCGGCCGUUUGGGAUUCUACGGAUCAGAAUAUUACUUCGAUUUCCCACACCCACGCCCGCUCGCCUCAACAGCCCCGGCAGCAGCAACGUUCGUCACCGCCGAUUUUCCGGAAGCGCAUGGAACGAACGGAAGAAAAUCUUCGAGCCACUGGGCUAUCCUUUUUGAACCGUGAAAAUUACGAUGAACUACACGACGUAUUCCGACGCUUUAUACCAAAAGGAGCUGUAACGAUACCCAAACGCAUGGCCCCCGACGCGAUACGAGGGGGAGUAGAGAUAGAUGACAGCCAGGUGGACUUGAUCUUGUCUUGGUGCGACGUCGACCAAAUAGGAGAGCUGUUUUUCCCCGAAUUUGCUCUUGCUUUCUAUUUAUUGGUCGUGAUAGCGUCUCAGCAAGGACCACUGGCCGUCGGUGACACUGCCCAGCUGAGGGCUGAGGUAUCGCGCAAAGUGACUCAGCUCACUGGAGGAUGUACGCGCCGCCAAUUUUUGGCGAGACAAAAGGCCCAACAGUCCCAUGAGACGGAAGAAAAUCAAAAUAAGUACGGCAAUCAGCCUGAAGAAGACGGCUUCGAUGAAACGAUACGCCCAGACGAUGUAGUAGCACAGGUGUCAGUCAAGCAGAAGCGAAAGAAAAGGAGGGAUAGGAUUUCAAACCCAGUCAAUGAAGAUUCAAGCACGACUAAGCCAACAAUCAACGGCAAAGAGGGUUCGGACAAGAGUCCAAUAGUGGCAACCAACCACGAGCCACACUCUGGAAUGUUGACUCCCUCAACCCCUUCCGGGCCCUUCAAUAGUAGCAGAUCAGCCGCCUCUGAUCUCGUGCGAGACUCAAAACUCGAGACAGUCAUCAGCAACAACGGAGCGCUCGUGCAACACAUCUCGUACGAGUCGAACCCUCGCAUGCGCCAGCGGCGGCUGAGAAAAGAACAGACAUGGAAGCGUGUGCGUGGGUUGGGCGGAGGCGGUUUCGGUCGCGUCUGGCUGGAGGAACGCCUUGAUGGGGGCGAUAGCGGAGGCACAUUUCGCGCCGUCAAGGAGAUUUCCAAGAUACAGCCACAGGGACAACAUCUCUCUAUCAAUUACAACCGGGAAUUGGAGGCCAUUGCCAAGUUUUCCCAUUCCAAGUCUUUUGGUUGGUAUGAGGGCGAACAUGCCAUUUUCAUAGCGAUGGAGUACAUGGAGCAUGGUGAUUUGCAAGGGUACCUGUCACGGCCUUUCCCCGAGGAAGAAACGAGGCGGAUUAUAUACCAGCUUCUGGAGGGCCUAUGCUUUAUGCACGACAAUGGCUUUGCACACCGUGACCUCAAGCCUGCUAAUAUCCUCGUCUCAGAACCAUCGCCGCAUUGGUGGGUUAAGAUUGGUGACUUUGGUAUCUCUAAACGAGCAGAAGAAAAGGCUACCGCCUUUCGCACUUUAGUUGGAACAAAGGGGUACCUCGCGCCCGAGGUGAUGGGAAUAUACAGCACGGAGGACGUGAUGGGCAUACACCCAGCUGGUGACGACUCAUCCAGUAUAUAUACUGUUGCAGUCGAUAUCUGGGCCUUGGGUGCCAUCAUGUUUCGGCUUCUUAAUAAUCGCAAUGUUUUUGGUGACCCUCACCAGCUGGCCAGAUAUGUCACGGCCAAGGGACCAUUCCCGAGAGAUGCCCUAUUGCAACGGGAUGUGAGUCGCUCCUGUAUGGAAUUCCUGGAGCUUGCCAUGGCUCGUUCGCCAAAGGAUCGGCCCACAUCUCAUCAAGCUUUGAACCAUGCAUGGCUAGGGGAUCUACGUGACUCUGCUUUACCACCAGAAGCUCUGCUCGAAACUCUAUCUAUUGCCCCGGACAAUCUACCACAGAGGAAGAGAUCUGUUCGUAGUGAGGACACAGCCCCGAGUGCCGAUUGGCCUUCAACAUUCGACUAA